CGUCCAGACAAGCGAGGAAAUUAUCCCACUUUCCUUCCCGGCGGUUUCUGUCCGGUUCCUGACGAGACUACCCAACCAAGAACCACCUCCACGGGUCCUCCGUUGCUCCAGAUCUGCCUCCUCCUCCUCUUUGAGCGAAACCCUUCAAGAUGAUGCAGAUCAGCAGCGACUCCGCCAGCAACAAGCACUCCCUCAUCAACGUCAUGCACCGCUUCAUAGCCGCUGCCAACAACAUGGAUGAGACCAUCAUGGUGCCCAGCCUGCUGAGGGACGUGCCCCUGGAGGAGCGGGCCGCAAACAACAACAACCACCUCCUCAUCCGCCCCGAGGAGGAGUCCCAGCUGUGCUCCAACAAGCAGAGGGACAUGUACGAGCACUACCUGCUCCUCAAGUCAAUCAAGAACGACAUGGAGUGGGGUCUGCUGAAGGAGAUGAGCGGCGGCGCCGGCUUCCUGGAGAUGGCCGUGCAGCAGCAGGAGGAGCAGCAGAAGCCUCUGCUCCUGGAGGACAAUGCCGACCUGGAGCAUCAGUUCCACUAUCACCUCAGAGGACUGUUUGGAGUUCUGUCCAAGCUCACGYUGCAGGCAGACCACCUCACCAACAGGUACAAGAGGGAAAUCGGUGGAGGGAACUUCAUGAGAUGAAGGCCUGCCUCUGCCUCUGGACUGAACCUCCUCCUCCUCCUCUUUGUUUGUAACUGAACAGAUCAGGGCAUCCAUCCUCUCACUCCUCACUCAGCACUCCACCUGAAACCCGUGACGCCUGCUCGUUGCCAGAUGUUGAUGGUGCUCGGCGGAGGUUUAAAGACUCCCGGGCCUGAUGAAGCACAGCUCGGGCUUAAUUCAGAACUUCACUUAUUUUAUUUUUCUUUUUAUCACGUAAAGAAAUCACUAGAGUCUUGUGGGGAAUAAAAAGGUUUGACUAGGAGAUGUUGAAUGCUGGUUAUUCUGCCCCUCCUUUUAUUUUAUUUUCUUAAAUUAUUUUGAUCGAUGCUGAGCUGAAGGGCUCUUACCUUUAAAAUGUUGUGCCUUUUAUUUUAUUUUUUUUGUACACCUGCAUGCCCUGAUCGGUUCACUGUUAAUGUCACUUGUUCAUACUUCAAAACAGUUUUUAUAUUGAUGCCGUUUAACUGAAAUAAACAUUAAGUUUUAACAAA